UAAAUCUCAGUCUGUGCGUGGGGAAUUCUGUUGUGAGAGCUGGCAUAAAACACGUCAGGGAGCGCCGUUGUGAAAGAUUAAACUCCGCCAGAAUCCUUGGUUCAAAUCUUGCUUCUCUUGCCUACACCAAGAAAAAGGAAAGUUCAGAAUAGAAGAAAGAGUAAGAUUAAUCAGGAUUAGUAGAAGGAAGAAGACCCAACAGGAAGUUCAGAGGUGGUUCAGCCGUGGUGGUCCACCGCUGCUCCUGCAACCAGCAUCUUGUUAGGAGGUGCAGUUGGUCUGGUGAUGAGUUGGCCUGGAAUGACGCACCAGGAGGCUGUACCAGCGACAGCAGCAGGCAUGGAGGGCAACCUGCACCAGUGGGCCGCUAACCUCUCCAGCCGCCACAAGCUCUUCUCCCACGACCAGCCUUUAGCACCUCACCAUUUCUCCAUACUGCUGCAGGAGAAAAACCUAAAGCCAUGCUUCUCCUUUUUGGCGCGACGUGUUGUUCUGCCCGACCAGGGGAGACUGAUCAAGCUGAAUCUUAAACAUGCCAGGAUCAGGAAGAGCCUGAAGGAGGAAGCUGAGGAGCCAUCAUCUCUCCAUGAUUACUUAAGACUCAAGACCGCCAUAGUGGAUGCCAGGACAGCCAUUGCAGCCGAGACAAAAGAGAUAUCACGGCUCAGCCAGAAGAAGGAAGAGCUGCGGCAAGGUGAAGUUGAGGCAUGGAGGAAGGCGGGUCUGGUGAGGGCAGCACAGCAGGACAAGGAGCAGCUGACUCACCACUAUGGCCAGUGGAGCACCCAGCUGACAGAACUGCGGGAAGACCAGCAACGUGAGGAGAGAAAAGUUGCCAAAGCAAACCUGGCUAUCAAGGACAAGGUGCACACUGACUUGAUGGACCUGGAGAGGGUGCACCAGGCCCUCCUCAGCAGCCGUCCCUGCGCUGCUCACUCCGUCCAUCAGAUGAAGGAAGAUGUGUGGGAGAGAAUUGGUGAGAGUGUUGAUGAGUUAAGCCCGAGGGGUCUGGUGGAGGCGGUGCUCGGGGAGACUCGAGAAGGCCAGCAUGCCCUGCGUACCCUCCUGCAGGGGGUGGACCUGACCAGGGAUGCACAUGACCUCAGGGUGAAGUGUGAAGGUGAUGGCACCUUCAUAGAUGAGAUGAACCCUAGUGGAGUGAUGGAGUCUGUGCGAGAGUUGCUGAGACAGAUGAGUGCUGCCCACGUGAAGCUUUACCUACAGGCACACCAAGAGAACCGGGCAGCGCUGUCCCUCACACGCGCCCUCAGCACCAUCACCAAUAACAUUACUACAGUGGCCAAGAGAAACCAUGAAGAUGAGGAGGUGGUGGCUGCUGUGGUCACCCUGAUAAAGACCAGGUAUGCCCUUGCUGGGGAGCAUGCAGCCCUGACAGCUGCCCAGACACUAACAGCCACCCUACAGGACCAGGCAGACACAGCUGCUCGCAUCCACAUGGCUGUGAAAGAGAAGCAUGCGAGGAUCAGAAACUUUGAGAGGGAAAUUCAAGAGAAGGUGGAGAACAUACAAUCCUUGGCAGAGAGUGUGCGGGGUGGACGGGAGACAGUUAGGCAGCUUCUGACAAGCCUUCAAUCCAACAUUAAGGAGGUGCUGUCCUUCACCACAACCCCAACUCCUGCCUCCAGCAGCCUGGCUGAUGAGUGUGAGAAGCUGGAGGCCAUACCCUUGGCUUAUCUCCUCACCACGCAGAUGGAAACACCAGGGGAGCGCAAGCAGAAAAUCUCCAUGUCCACAACACCACUGAUCUGGCACAACACUGAGCUUGCAAAUGCCGGUUGGAAGGCAGUCAGUCAAUUGUGUGAUGGGAUGCAGUGCUGGGACAGUGUGUAUGAGGCAGCCUGCAAGUGUCGGCACCUCACCACCACUCACCACUGCCAGAUGGAGCGCCUCAUAAGCCUUCAGGAAGCCUUGUGCACUGCCAGGAAACAGUCUGAAGCCAUUUCCAGCCAGGGAACAAAAGAACUGCUGAAGCAAGUUGAAGCCCAUGACCAGAAGCUUGAGGAAGAGGUGACAGUGAUGCUGGAUGACACAGAGAAGCAACUUGGUAAAGGCUUCCAACACUUGACCAAGUUUAACCAGCACAUGUCUGACUGGUGGGAGCAGCCAGCAAAAAGGAUACAGGUUAAAUCAUAGCACCUCUGCUGCUGUUCCUGCUGGAGAAGCUGCCAGAUCUGCUGCAUAGGAGACCCUCAUUCAGCCUAGUGGGGCUUGGUCUUCUCUCCUGUAGAGGCUGUGAUGUGAGGCAGUGCUUGUGAACGUGUAUAGAUGCUUUGUCUCAUCUAUCCCACUUUAAGGUUAGCUUAAUACAUAAAUAUAUAAUGCUACUAUAAAGAUUACUUAAAAAUGCCUUGAAUUGUGUAAAUGUGAAUGAAAGUUGAAUGUUCUCUUAAAUUUUGUUGUUUAUUAAAUUUCCUUGUAUUUUCAUUUUCUUGUCUUUUAGGAAGAAAACAGUUAUGUCAGUUGUGAAUAGUAGCAAUAUUGAAAAAAAGAGUGCUUUCAUAUAAGAUGAUGUUUGUUAUUACUUUAUAUGAAGAAAAAAUUCCCACAAACUGAAGUAUCAAGAAGUGCCUUAUGUCAGUCAUUUGAAUAAAACUAAUUUUGCAUCUCCUGCAUUUAUUAAAGGCAUUUAUUAAAGUACAAUAAUACUGUGUGAUUCU